AACAGCUAACACUAGACCUACAACGUAUGCUUGGUGAUAGUGUAAAUGACCCCUGUUUUCAAGAUGACCCAGAAUGGAGUGAGGAGGAAUUAGCUUUGAGACAGAAUACACCUCCAGAUGAGAGAAGGGGAAACACAUUAUGGUGUAAAUGUGGUAAUUGUAUUCCUAUGCCAACCAGGGAAGAGUCCUGCUGCUGUUCUGAAAAUCAAAAAAUAGCUCAUUACUUUGAUGGGGAUACUGUUUGCAUAACGUCUGUUCCUGAGAUGCUGACAAUGUGCACAGAAGAAAAUCACCUGGAUUUUAUGAUUAGAUGGAGUGGCCGUUACUCGAGAGCAGCAUACACGCAUGAUCGAAACAGGGUCCUCAGAAAGGCAGCUUACCGGGCCUUCACAACAUGGGCACAUGGUUAUCUUGGACCAGGAAACAGAAUCCCUAUACCAUCCUGUGUUGUGGACAUUAUCAGAAAGAAGUUUCCUGAUAGUAAACAGAGAUACACAGGAAUCUUUUGGGCGAAUGACUAUCCUGCCAUUGAUAUGGCUUUUGAUUUCUAAUUUUUUUGUUUCAACAUUGUUUUAUUUAGA